CAAAUGUGUCAACAAUGAACCACUGUUACACAGUAUUGUCUCAUGAGAAUGAAUCUGGAGUUAAAAAUAUUGCACCGUCGAAAAUAGUGGUUGUUUAUAGUACUACAUUUGAAAUUAGGUAUAACUUAGAUAAAAUUGUAUACAUAUUGAUAUUAUCGGAUGUACAUGCAGUAGAUAUUAGAUACUAAUGGGCAGUAAAACUGACGAAGAUGUAGCGGCUUCAUUGACAGUCAGCAAAAUGUUGUUUUUUUAUGUUUGUUUUUUAUGUGAUGUAGUCUAGCAUUUGGUGAGGAACUAUGAAAUGAAGAUAUUUUUGUUUAUACACAAAAAGCUUUGUGGACUUGUAGAUAACAAAAUAUUGUACAUGAAAAUACGUGAUGGAUAAAGUAAUUUUAAAGAAAAGAAUUUUGUUCAUAUUUGGUGUGAUAACGUUAACAUUUCUGAUAUCUAUUGGUCGGAUAGCCGAAUAUCUUAUAUCCGAAUAUAUAUAUUGUUCUCACAAUUACGAUGUUAAUGUACCUUGCGCUGGCUGUGGUAAUAUUAAGCCGAAACCUGGAAAUAUACCCAACCGAAUUCAUCAGAUUUAUUUCUAUGAAACAAGUAACGAAUUGCCGGAUAAAUUAGAAAAGGCAAAAAACAGUUGGAUACAAAACCAUCCGAAUUAUAGCUACGUGUUAUGGAACAAAACUUCUAUAGAUAACCUUAUAGAUAAAAAAUAUCCAUUUCUAAAGAAAAUAUAUCACAGUUAUGGUCACUGGGUUAGAAGGGCUGAUGUUGCACGGUAUCUCGUGCUCUAUCAUUACGGAGGUUGGUACGUGGAUUUGGAUGUAGCAUGCAUUCAAAGUGUACCCACGCUAGAACAUGAGGCGAAAAUGCUCAAUAAAACAGUUAUUCUCAGGGAAACAGAGCCAGUAGGUUUUUCCAAUGAUUUUAUUGGUAUCACGGAACGUCAUCCGUUCCUUUAUUCCGUUCUGACGUCAUUGGACAAGUCUAACAGAUGGUUUAUCUUUCCGUACGCGAACACCAUGUUUUCUACAGGGCCCACGUUUCUGUGGGGACGAUACCUAAACUACCGAGAUCCGCAACAGUUCUAUAUCAUCAACAGUACCAUUUACAGUCACUACCUCGUGUUGCUUCAUAAUUCCUCGUGGCAUAGCUGGGACGGCAAAAUCGUCUGGUACCUGUUCAAAGACACACGCAUGUUGCUUCUGGUACUGGCGUCAUUGACGCUUUUGCUUUGUAUAACAUUGCUGUUUUGUAAAUUCAGAGGAACCAGUUCGCACAAUGUGAAAAAGAGGAAGAAACAAAUGGUUUGACGAAAGUUAUAUGUCGAUGUUGAAUUUGAGUCUAUGGAAUAUCAAAACACCUGCUCAAUCUUUUAAUUAUGUGAAUAGAUUUUUAAUAAAUGAAUUCUGAUCGGCCGUGAUUCUUUAUUGAAGGAAACAUCACAUAGUCUUGAACUGUUUUCAGCAAUGUGUUUAAAACUGCGGUAAUGCAAGGUUGCCGAAACUACUUUUCUAUUCACCACAUUCGUAACAAAAUUUUAUAGUGACGUUCGUUUCUGUUGUACACCAUUUUAACCCCAAAAGCCAAAACGGGUUUUACUUUCGUGAAUUUCCUUUUACAAUGCAAGAUGUACCGUUUUAGCCACCAAAUUCAUAACAGAUUUUUACCGUUAAUUUACUUUCUAUUAAGCAAGAUCUACCAUUUUAUCCACAAUUUUCAUAACAUGUUUUUACCAUGUAUUUCUUUUCUAUUGUGCUAUAAUACCAAUUGAGCCACAUUAUCUAUAUCAGGUCUGGCAUGAA